CCCCGCGCCUCGCCGUCCCGCCGCUCCCCGGUCCCCGCGAGCCGCCGCGCCGAGCCUGCGCUCCGACAUGUCCCAGCUGCCCGCAGCCAGCGGCGUCCCGCGGACGGGCGCGGCGAGCGGCGGCCGCGGGCUCCCGCAGGCCGGGGCGGGCGGCGGGCGGCGUGCGCUCCCGGGCCCGGCGCGACCCGAGGAGAGCCGGGGCGGCCCGAUGGCGGCGGCGGCGGCGGCCCCGGCCCGCGGCGGCCGGGCGGCGGCCCGCGGCGGCCCCGCGGCGGCGGCGGCGUCCCGGGAGGCCCGCAUGGCGGAGGUGGCCCGGCUGCUGGGCGAGCCGCUGGAGGAGGAGGCCCCCGAGGGCAGGCCCCGCUCCCGCGCCGGCGGCCUGGCCGCGCUGCCCUACCUGCGCCUCCGCCACCCGCUCAGCGUCCUGGGCAUCAACUACCAGCAGUUCCUGCGCCACUACCUGGAGAACUACCCGAUCGCCCCGGGCCGCAUCCAGGAGCUGGAGGAGCGCCGCCGGCGCUUCGUGGAGGCCUGCCGGGCCCGGGAGGCGGCCUUCGACGUGGAGUACCUGCGCAACCCGCAGAGGGUGGAUUUUGACAUUCUGACCUUUACCAUAGCCCUGACCGCGUCGGAGGUGAUCAACCCUCUGAUAGAAGAACUGGGGUGCGACAGGUUCAUCCAGCGAGAGUGAGGGGCCGCCGGGGGCCGGGCGCGGCGCGAAGGCCUCCCUCCGAGGCAAGCCCCGUCCCGCAGCCUGGUGUCCAGACGCAGCCUGGUGUCCAGACGUCGGAAGGGCCCCGAGAGUGGAGCGGCGCGGCCUUGGCUGGGGGACGAGGCGACCGACGAUUGGGGGGUGGAAACGUCGACCUCGGUGAGGCUCCUGCAACGUGUAGGUUUCCUGUGUCACGGAAGACGUCUGCCCGCGUGGCUCCGUCGAUAAGCAAAGGGUGGCUCUGUAAAACCUCAAGGCUUGAGGGGAGUUUUCCUGAAGGAGGGUCAGCGUGAAGAGCUAACACUGACCAGGACGAAGUGUACUCCAGACCUUGACCUUGUCAGAACAUGCCUUCUCUUCAUGCCGGGGUCAGCGCGAGUGUAAGACUGAUUUCGUGUUUCCGAGACAUUGCGAAUGGCAAGCAGCAUAAAUAUUGUAAUAUUGUACAUAGUGUGUGAUACAUUGUGUCUUCAGACAUGCCAGAUGGGAACAAACGGAAUCUGUGUUCCAUUUUUCAGACUUUUUUUUUUUUUUUUUAGUAACACUCAUCUGUUCACAGUUCCCAAGAAUAUAAAGGACUGAGCGUCCCCUGUGCCUCCCUCCCGGUGCCGGCGCUAAGGCAGCCGCCGACGCCGUUUCCUUCCUCGUUUCACUAUGUAUACACAAUACAUAUUUAUUUCUUUGCAA